AUGUCUCUGCCAACAACCAAGCGCGUCAACUCGGCCAUGCUCCAGAGCUGCAUCGGAGAGACUGUUAGAUUCGUCGGAGAGUUCAAAUCGCGCCAAGAUCCUGCGGCCACUUUCCUUGCCUCGGACAAGGGCUCCGUCACCGUCAUCAUGAACGAUACCUCGCAGUACGGAACCAAGUUUGUGGAAGUCAUCGGAACUGUCAACCCUGACCGCUCCAUCACAGAAAUGAUCUCCACCAACUUUGGCAACGACUUUAGUAAGUCAUCUAUCUCAGUCUUUUCGACUCAUCGACCAUAUUACAGGAUCGACAUACGUCUAAAGGAUGAAUGUCUAUCUAACCGGUUAAGGAUGAACGCCUUGCAGGAUCGGGACCAUUCUGAGAUGAGUCUGGGACGCUACGAAGAUGAGUAA